GAGAUGUUGUGGCAUGUUUCCACUAAUAUUUCAUAAUAUUUUGAGGUGUUUUAAGAUUUUUUUGCAUAUUUCGACAAAUGUUUUGGAAAUAAAUUCUCAUCUUUUUCAGGAACAUUUUUAAAACAUUUCCAUUUUUUGGGUUACUGAAACAAUGUAUCGAAACGAAAUUUUGAUUCUUAAUAGGCAGUGGGACAGUGGGCAAAAGGUGAAAACAAAAAGAGAAGAAAAACAAGUUUGAAAACAGCAAUUCCAAUUCUAAUUCUAAUUGCAAUAUUCGAUAUUGAAUACCAUAGGUUCCUGAUCGGAAAAAAAUAGCAUAGGUGAAUCCCCAAUUACUAUAGGCCUAGUAUUCAUGGGCUUCUCACAAUAGGUCCAAUGCACUCGUCUCACGCAGGUGCAGAAGGUGGGUUUCUCGUGAUCCCCAUUGGUAACUUUUCCCAAUUAUGGCCUGUGGACCACAUUUACAGCCCAUGUCUAGAAACUCUUGAAAAUCACUGGCAUAAUCUUGAUAUGGAAGUAAAAAAUGAACAUAUCCGACCCAUAUGUUUUGGUGCAAAAUGAAAAAUAUUUAACACUCUUCUAGCUGCUAAGAAUGCGUUUGCUAUCAAAAAGGCUUACUGGUUGAAGUGGGGCCCCAUGGCUUUUAUUUUAGGCUUCCAAAAGCCUAUUGUCAUUUUUCAGCCAAACAUUAGCAACUGCAUCAAGUAAGUCUUCCUUUGAAUGGAGGGUCCAGACUUUCUUAUAUCCUUUAAGAGUAACAAUGAACUUAUGACACUCCCAUUUCCUAAGAAAAUGAAAUACAUCCUCUCCAUCUCAUGGAAUUUAGUUCACUUUAAGUUUUUGCAAACGCCCGUGGGAUUAACUCAGGUAUUCUCAAAAGGCUGGUAAUAAGCACCUCUAAUUUUAAUUCUCAUUUAACUUGCAUGUUUUUGUUGUUAUCACUUAUAAGAACUUCAAUUUGUAAAAAUAAAUAACGACUUGUUCAUCUGAUAUGCGCAACAUUGAACAAUAAGGUAACAUUCAGUUCAAAGGAAAAAAAAACACGAUUAGGUAACAUGGUUUAACUUGUUUACCUUAUUUGUUUCCAUUGUAUGGUGAUCCUUAUGAAAAUUUGGGAGUCUUUCCUGAUAACAUGCCCUGGCAGGGAUCUUGGCUUCUCCUACCGGGUUGUUGAUGUACACAGAUGCAAGAGGUUGCAGGAGAGCGUGGAGGCUACCUACAUGGACGAGGCGUUUAAAUAUGCAGCCUUGGACAGUGAUGAUCUGCUCUAUCUCAAGGAGCAGAUGGAAGCUGAGGAGGAUGCAGAGCGCCUGCUACGCCGCACUGAAAAACCUGCAAGUGUUGCUGAUUCUUCGCCUGCAAGUGUUCCCUUGCCCCUCCGUGUCGAGCCCAAGCCAAAGAGUGGGAUUAGGCAGCAAGUUUUUUUGAAAAAGGUGGUGGAAGUCAAACCCAAGCGGCAGAAAGUUACAAGUGCUUCUGAUGGGAAUGAGGUCCAUCUAAUAUCAAGAUCCGAGGCUAUUGAGGAUGAGAAAGAGUAUCCUCCAACAAGACCAAAUAAAGCAGAAGAUGAAGCCAAAGUGAACAACCCCGUUAAAAGCUUGCUAGCAGCUUAUGAGAGUUCUGAUAGUGAAGAAGAUUGA